UGCACAGAGCGAGGCUUCUCCCCCUGUGCUGUCUCGCAGAUGCAGAGGAGGGAGACGCCGUGAUGUUUGUCCAUCCAUACAGGAUCUAUUACUUCAUCGCACAGCUGAAUACAGUAUAGAAUAACACAAAGGAUAGUCACUACUUUGGGGACCACAGGAAUAACUAUUUUUCUCAUGUCCAAUUGUUUAUGAGGUGAAGAAAAGUUGGUUGGUUGGGUCCCUCAGCAUAUUUUCUGAUCUAUUUCUUAUUUGAAUAAGCUGGGCCCUAAACAUUGAGUGCAUGACACCAGAUUUCAUCUAUCCCUUAUUGAGUGGUCACUUUGAUGGGGUGAUGCCGAUGUCCUGAGGCCUGAGGUGAGUCUCCACGGUGAUGGACCUCGGUAACGCCUCCAGCAGCAGCAGCGGCGGCAGAGGAGGAGGAGGAGGAGGCUCAGGCAGUGUGGAGGUGCAGCUAAUCUACUCCAUCACCAUGCCCCUCUCCAGCACCAUCAUCCUGACCAACCUGCUCAUCAUCCUGGCCAUCGGCUGCAACCGCCGGCUGCACACCACGCCCAACUACUUCUUCCUGAGCCUGUUGGUGGCCGACCUGGGCAUGGGUGUGGCGCUGCCCUUCAUCCCCUGGAUGGGCCUAAACCGGCCGCUGAGCUUCGGCGCGUGCCUGAUGGUGCACGUGCUGCCCAACUUCCUGUUCCUGGCCUUCCUGUUUAACCUGGUGAUGGUGCACUACGAGCGCUACCUGAGCAUCGUGAGCCCGCUGCGCCACCGCUCCUUCUGGGUGCACCGGCGCUUCCCGCUGGUGCUGCUGGCGCUCUGGCUGCCGCCGUUGCUCUUCGCCCUGCUGCCGGCGUUCGGCUGGAACAACCGGCGUGGGGGACGGGCUUGGAGCGGGUGCUGCCGCCCGGGCGCGGCCCAAUUCGGCGGUGGCGCCACCGGGCAUGUGGAAGGCGGUGCGACGGCCGGCGCCAGUACCAAGCCCAACUGCUCGCUAUCGGCCGCUGCGGGCAGUGGUUCGGGCGAGCGCUGCUGCACGUAUCGCCACGUCUUCCCCAACGCCUUUAUCUACCUGGAGGUGUACGGCAUCCUGGUGCCCGCCAUCCUGUCCAUCGCCAUGAUGACGGGCCGGGUGCUGUGGAUCACGCACGGCCAGCUGAAGGACAUCCGCCGGCUGCAGCGCUCGGUGACGGGCCGAGGCCGAGGCCGAGGAGGUAGGCAGCUGGGGGUGGACCUGCGCUAUGCCCGCUGCGUGGCGGCCGUCUCGCUGACCUUCCUGGCCUGCUGGGUGCCCUACAUCAUCUACACCCACGUGGGCAUGGCCUUCCUGCUGCGGCCCGGCGCCGAGGGCAACCCCACCGCGCACAUCGUACUGUCGUGCGCCGGCAUGGGCGGCAUGGCCGUGGUGCCGCUUGUGCUGGGGCUCGCCAACCGGGAGUACACUGACCCCGUACGGAAGUUCUUACACAAACUCCACAACCGCUGGCGGCGGAGGAGGUGGGAUGCGGAGAGUAUUGCCCUGUGAUGCCUUUCCUAGAAUGCAUUGUGUGAAUUCCUAUCCAGGAUUUUGCAACAGGAAUAGGACAUUGAGGAAAUAUUGGAUAGCUGAUAUGAGGACUGCUUAUUUUUUGCCAGUUUCAGUGGAAAGAAAAGACCUCCAAACAAAGGUUCAAAUGUAAACAGUUUUGGGCAAGACCCAAGCUACUGAGUGACAGGAAGUGAUUUCAUAAUUGUUUCUCUCUUUUCAUGAGGACCAAUUGGAUGGCUAAAUUAGGUUGUUUCUUUAUUGACACCAACAUUAGAAAACCAACCUUAACCCAAACUGUAAACCAUUUAGUUCAAAAUAUUUUUUCUGUGCAAGAGAACAUAUUUAUGUAGAGAAUACUAGUAGUGGAGAACUGAUGCCAUAAGCUGUUUGCAUGAACUCAUUUCUGGAAAGUGUUAUAUGAACACAGAGAACUUAUUGCUGAGAUGACCAUCACUAAUCCCUGAAGUGUGACAUGAUUACUGUGAUUACAUGAUUACAUGGAGUUCUGUGAAAUCAUAGACCCUGAUACUACUGUUGCUGUAUUGUUAUACUGUUACGAAUCUGGUUCAGUAUUUGACAACAAGACAGUUCUGUUAAGAAUGCAUGAAGCAUGCCAUGUCUCUUUGAGUCUACCCCCUUAUUCAAAGAGUCAUUCAAAUAAUACUCUCUGUGUGUUAUGUUCACCCAUUUAAGCCCAAAUUUUUCCCAGACAUGCAAAUAUGCAAAUCAUGUGUUAUUAGCAUCCCUUUGAAGUAAUCCAUAAUUAUUUUUUUUUUAAAUGUAGAAAAGUAGAUGAAAAAGUGAGUUUUUUUACCGGUGGGAUAAUAUGCGUAUACUCAAUUAAAGGUUGCUCAAAUUGCUUUUUUGUUCAAAUAAAGGUAUUCUGACA